AUGGUCCAUCUCGCUGCCGUCAGCAAGAACGCUGACACUCUCCCCCUUCGCAUGGUGAAGCGGGUUGAUACAAUUCCACUCGACGAGCCGCAGGAACAUGACUUCUUUUCCAGCGUCUAUGGCUCGCGUUUCGCGGCCGAAGAUCUGCCGACUAAUGAGAUGCCCGAGAAGGAAAUGCCGCGAGAAGUGGCUUAUCGAAUGAUCAAGGAUGAAUUGAGCCUGGACGGCAAUCCAAUGUUGAACAAAAACUUUAUUGACUACGAGGAAUAUCCCCAGUCUGCCGAAAUUCAGAACCGCUGCGUGAACAUGAUCGCGCGCCUUUUCAAUGCUCCCAUGUCAGAUACGGCGGACCAUGCCAUGGGGACCUCGUGCGUCGGCUCUUCCGAAGCCAUCAUGCUUGGGACACUCGCUAUGAAGAAACGCUGGGCGAACAGGCGCAAAGCAGCAGGCAAGGACUGCUCACGUCCCAAUAUAAUCAUGAGCAGUGCAGUUCAAGUCUGCUGGGAGAAAGCGGCCCGGUAUUUUGAUGUCGAGGAAAAGUUCGUAUACUGCACUCCGGAAAGGUAUGUUAUUGACCCUGAGGAGGCCGUCGAUCUGGUCGAUGAGAACACCAUUGGUAUUUGUGCCAUUCUUGGAACUACGUACACUGGUCAGUACGAGGAUAUCAAAGCCAUCAAUGAUCUGUUAGUGGAGAGAGGUAUCGACUGCCCAAUUCACGUCGACGCUGCCAGCGGGGGAUUUGUGGCGCCAUUUGUCAACCCGGACCUCGAAUGGGAUUUUAAACUCGAGAAAGUCGUUUCUAUCAAUGUUUCCGGGCACAAAUACGGAUUGGUUGGUUCCCAUCAGUCCAACACGCCGUAA